GUUGCAGAGGAUCCCAAGAAGAAGAAGCAAAGGCAAAGUAGCCCGGAGAGAAAGGCUGUAGAGGAUCCCAAGAAAAAGAAGCAAAGGCAAAGUAGCCUGGAGAGAAAGGCCGCAGAAGAUCCCAAGAUGAAGCAGAAGCAAAGGCAAAGUAGCCCGGAGAGAAAGGCUGCAGAGGAUCCCAAGAAGAAGAAGAAGCAAAGGCAAAAUAGCCCGCAGAGAAAGGCUACAGGGGAUCCCAAGAAGAAGAAGCAAAGGCUAAGUAGAAAGAUUACAGAGGAUCCCAAGAAGAAGAAGAAGCAAAGACAAAGUAGCCCGGAAAGAAGGACUGCAGAGGAUUCCAAGAAGAAGAAGAAGAAGCAAAGGCAACCUAGCCCGGAGAAAAAGGCUGCAGAGGAUCCCAAGAAGAAGAAGAAGCAAAGGCAAAGUAGAAAGGUUGCAGAGGAGCCCAAGAAGAAGAAGCAAAGGCAAAGUAGCCCGGAGAGAAAGGCUGCAGAAGAUCCCAAGAAGAAGAAGAAGCAAAGACAAAAUAGCGAGGAGAGAAAGGCUGCAGAGGAUCCCAAGAAGAACAAGAAGCAAAGGCAAAAUAGCCUGGAGAGAGAGGCUGCAGAGGAUCCCAAGAAGAAGAAGAAGAGGAAGCAGAGGCAAAAUAGCCCGGAGAGAAAGGCUGCAGAAGAUCGCAAGAAGACGAAGAAGCAAAGACAAAGUAGCCCGGAGAGAAAGACUGCAGAGGAUCCCAAGAAGAAGAAGAAAAGGCAAAAUAGUCCGGAGAGAAAGGUUGCAGAGGAUCCCAAGAAGAAGAAGAAGCAAAGGCAAAGUAGCCCGGAGAGAAAGGCUGUAGAGGAUCCCAAGAAGAAGAAGAAACAAAGGCAAAGAAGCCCGGAGAGAAAGGCUGCAAAGGAUCCCAAGAAGAAGAAGAAGCAAAGGCAAAGUAGUCCGGAGAGAAAGGCUGCAGAGGAUCCCAAGAAGAAGAAGAAGCAAAGGCAAAGUAGCCCGGAGAGAAAGGUUGUAGAGUAUCCCAAGAAGAACAAGAAGAAGAAGAAGAAGCAAAGGCAAAGUGGCCCGGCUGCAGAGGAUCCCAAGAAGAAGAAGCAAAGGCAAAGUAGCCCGGAGAGAAAAGAUGCAGAGGAUCCCAAGAAGAAGAAGAAGAAGCAAAGGAAAAAUAGUCCGGAGAGAAAGGCUGCAGAGGAUCCCAAGAAGCAGAAGAAGAAGAAGCAAAGGCAAAGUAGCCCGGAGAGAAAGGCUGCAGAGGAUCCCAAGAAGAAGAAGAAGCAAAGACAAAGUAGCCCGGAGAGAAAGCCUGUAGAGGAUCCCAAGAAGAAGAAGGAAGCAAAGGUUGCAGAGGAUCCCAAGAAGAAGAAGCAAAAGCAAAGUAGUUCGGAGAGAAAGGCUGCAGAGGAUCCCAAGAAGAAGAAGAAGCAAAGGCAAUACAGUCCGGAGAGAAAGGAUGCAGAGGAUCCCAAGAAGAAAAAGCAAAGACAAAGUAGCCCGGAGAGAAAGGCUGCAGAGGAUCGCAAGAAGAAGAAGAAGCAAAAACAAAGAAGCCCGGAGAGAAAAGCUGCAGAGGAUCCCAAGAAGAAGAAGAAACAAAGGCAACGUAGCCCGGAGAGAAAGGCUGCAGAGGAUCCUAAAAAGAAGAAGAAGCAAAGGCAAAAUAUUGGUAGCCCAGAGAGAAAGGCUGCAUUGGAUCCCAAGAAGAAGAACCAAAGGCAAAAGAGCCCGGAGAGAAAGGAUAGAGAGGAUCCCAAGAAGCAGAAGCAAAGGCAAAGUAGCCCGCAGAGAAAGGCUGCAGAGGAUCCCAAGAAGAAGAAGAAGAAGAAAAAGAAGAAGAAGAAGAAGAAACAAAGGCAAAAUAGCCCGGAGGGAAAGGCUGCAGAGGAUCCCAAGAAGAAGAAGUCAAGGCAAAGUAGCCCGGAGAGAAAGGCUGCAGAGGAUCCCAAGAAGAAGAAGAAGCAAAGACAAAGUAGCCCGGAGAGAAAGAUUGCAGAGGAUCCCAAGAAGAAGAAGAAGCAAAGGCAACGUAGCCCGGAGAGAAAGGCUGCAGAGGAUCCCAAGAAGAAGACGAAGCAAAGGCAAAGUAGCCCGGAGAGAAAGACUGCAGAGGAUCCCAAGAAGAAGAAGAAACAAAGGCAAAGUAGCCCGGAGAGAAAGGCUGCAGAGGAUCCCAAGAAGAAGAAGAAGCAAAGGCAAAAUAGCCCGCAGAGAAAGACUGCAGAGGAUCCCAAGAAGAAGAAGAAGCAAAGGCAAAGUAGCCCGGAGAGAAAGGCUGCAGAGGAUCCCAAGGAGAAGAAGAAGCAAAGGCAAAGUAGUCAGGAGAGAAAAGCUACAGAGGCUUCCAACAAGAAGAAGAAGCAAAGGCAAAGUAGCCCGGAGAGAAAGACUACAGAGGAUCCCAAGAAGAAGAAGAAGAAGCAAAGGCAAAAUAGUCCGGAGAGAAAAGCGGCAGAAGAUCCCAAGAUGAAGCAGAAGCAAAGGCAAAGUAGCCCGGAGAGAAAGGCUGCAGAGGAUCCCAAGAAGAAGAAGAAGCAAAGGCAAAAUAGCCCGCAGAGAAAGGCUACAGGGGAUCCCAAGAAGAAGAAGCAAAAGCUAAGUAGAAAGAUUGCAGAGGAUCCCAAGAAGAAGAAGAAGCAAAGACAAAGUAGCCCGGAAAGAACGACUGCAGAGGCUGCAGAGGAUCCCAAGAAGAAGAAGAAGCAAAGGCAAAGGAGAAAGGUUGCAGAGGAGCCCAAGAAGAAGAAGCAAAGGCAAAGUAGCCCGGAGAGAAAGGCUGCAGAAGAUCCCAAGAAGAAGAAGCAAAGACAAAAUAGCGAGGAGAGAAAGGCUGCAGAGGAUCCCAAGAAGAACAAGAAGCAAAGACAAAAUAGCCUGGAGAGAAAGGCUGCAGAGGAUCCCAAGAAGAAGAAGAGGAAGCAGAGGCAAAAUAGCCCGGAGAGAAAGGCUGCAGAAGAUCGCAAGAAGACGAAGAAGCAAAGACAAAGUAGCCCGGAGAGAAAGACUGCAGAGGAUCCCAAGAAGAAGAAGAAAAAGCAAAAUAGUCCGGAGAGAAAGGCUGCAGAGGAUCCCAAGAAGAAGAAGGAGAGAAAGGCUAUAGAGGAUCCCAAGAAGAAGAAGCAAAGGAAAAGUAGCCCGGAGAGAAAGGCUAUAGAAGAUCCCAAGAGGAAGAAGAAGAAGCAAAGGCAAAGUAGCGCGGAGAGAAAGGCUGCAGAGGAUCCCAAGAAGAAGAAGAAGCAAAGGCAAAAUAGCCCGGAGAGAAAGGCUACAGAGGAUCCCAAGAAGAAGAAGCAAAGGCAAAGUAGCCCGGAGAGAAAGGUUGCAGAGGAUUUCAAGAAGAAGAAGCAAAGGCAAAGUAGUCCGGAGAGAAAGGCUGCAGAGGAUCCCAAGAAGAAGAAGAAGAAGCAAAGGCAAAAAAGGCCGGAGAGAAAGGCUGCAGAGGAUCCCAAGAAGAAGAAGCAAAGGCAAAGUAGCCCGGAGAGAAAGGCGGCAGAGGAUCCCAAGAAGCAGAAGAAGAAGAAGAAGCAAAGGCAAAAUAACGCGGAGAGAAAGGCUAUAGAGGAUCCCAAGAAGAAGAAGCAAAGGCAAAGUAGCCCGAAGAGAAAGGCUGCAGAUGAUCCCAAGAAGAAGAAGAACAAAAGGCAAAGGGGAUCCAAGAAGAAGAAGCAAAGUCAAAGUAGCCCGGAGAGAAAGGCUGCAGAGGAUCCCAAGAAGAAGAAGAAGCAAAGGCAAAGUAGCCCGGAGAGAAAGGUUGCAGAGGAUCCCAAGAAGAAGAAGAAGCAGAAAAGGCAAAGUAGCCCGGAGAGAAAGGUUGCAGAGGAUCCCAAGAAGAAGAAGAAGCAGAAAAGGCAAGGUAGCCCGGAGAGAAACGCUGCAGAGGCAAAGUGGCCCGGAGAGAAAGGUGCAGAGGAUCCCAAGAAAAAGAAGAAGAAGCAAAGGCAAAAAAGUUCGGAGAGAAAGGCUGCAGAGGAUCCCAAGAAGAAGAAGAAGCAAAGGCAAAGUAGCCCGGAGAGAAAGGCUGCAGAGGACCCCAAGAAGAAGAAGAAGCAAAGGCAAAGUAGUCCGGAGAGAAAGGCUGCAGAGGAUCCCAAGAAGAAGAAUAAGCAAAGACAAAGUAGCCCGGAGAGAAAGGUUGCAGAGGAUCCCAAAAAGAAGAAGAAGCAAAGGCAACGUAGCCCGGAGAGAAAGGCUGCAGAGGAUUCCAAGAAGAAUAAAAAGCAAAGUAGCCAGGAGAGAAAGGCUGCAGAGGAUCCCAAGAAGAAGAAGAAGCAAAGGCAAAAUAGCCCGGACAGAAAGGCUAUAGAGGAUCCCAAGAAGAAGAAGCAAAGGCAAAGUAGCCCGGAGAGAAUGGUUGCAGAGGAUCCCAAAAAGAAGAACAAAAAAAAGAAGAAGAAGAAGAAGCAAAGGCAAAGUAGCCCGGAGAGAAAGGCUGCAGAGGAUCCCAAGAAGAAGAAGCCAAGGCAAAAUAGCCCGGAGAGAAAGGCUGCAGAGGAUCCCAAGAAGAAGAAGAAGCAAAGGCAAAAAAGCCCGGAGAGAAAGACUACAGAUGAUCCCAAGAAGAAGAAGCAAAGGCAAACUAGCCCGGAGAGAAAGGUUGCAGAGGAUCCCAAAAAGAAGAAGAAAAAGAAGAAGAAGAAGAAGCAAAGGCAAAGUAGCCCGGAGAGAAAGGCUGCAGAGGACCCCAAGAAGAAGAAGCUAAGGCAAAGUAGCCCGGAGAGAAAGGCUGCAGAGGAUCCCAAGAAGAAGAAGAAGAAGCAAAGGCAAAGUAACCCGGAGAGAAAGGCUAUAGAGGGUCCCAAAAAGAAGAAGAAGGCUGCAGAGGAUCCCAAGAAGAAGAAGAAGCAAAGGCAAAGUAGCCCGGAGAGAAAGGCUGCAGAGGAUCCCAAGAAGAAGAAGCAAAGGCAAAGUAGUCCGGAGAGAAAGGCUGCAGAGGAUCCCAAGAAGAAGAAGAAGAAGCAAAGGCAAAUAGCUGCAGAGGAUCCCAAGAAGAAGAAGCAAAGGCAAAGUAGCCAGGAGAGAAAGGCUGCAGAGGAUCCCAAGAAGAAGAAGGAAGCAAAGGCUGCAGAAGAUCCCAAGAAGAAGAAGCAAAGGCAAAGUAGCCCGGAGAGAAAGGCUGUAGAGGAUCCCAAGAAGAAGAAGAAGCAAAGGCAAAGAAGCCCGGAGAGAAAGACUACAGAGGAUCCCAAGAAGAAGAAGAAGCAAAGGCAAAGAAGCCCGGAGAGGAGAAAGGCUGCGGAGGAUCCCAAAAAGAAGAAGAAGCGAAGGCAAAGCAGCCCGGAGAGAAAGACUACAGAGGAUCCCAAGAAGAACAAGAAGCAAAGGCAAAGUAGUACGGAGAGAAAGGCUGCAGAGGAUCCCAAGAAGAAGAAGAAGCAAAGGAAAAGUAGCCCGGAGAGAAAGGCUGCAGAGGAUCCCAAGAAGAAGAAGAAAGAAGAGGAAAGAAAUGCAAGAGGAUCCCAAGAAGAGAAGAAGCAAAGGCAAAGUAGCCCGGAGAGAAAGGCUGCAGAGGAUCCCAAGAAGAAGACGAAGAAGCAAAGGCAAAGUAUUGAUAGCCCGGAGAGAAAGGCUGCAGAGGAUCCCAAGAAGAAGAAGCAGAGGCAAAAUAGCCCGGAGAGAAAGGCUGCAGAGGACCCCAAGAAGAAGAAGAAGAAGCAAAGGCAAAGUAGAAAGGUUGCAGAGGAUCCCAAGAAGAAGAAGAAGCAAAGACAAAGCAGCUCGGAAAGAACGGCUGCAGAGGAUUCCAAGAAGAAGAACAAGAAGCAAAGGCAAAUUAGCUUGGAGAGAAAGGCUGCAGAGGAUCCCAAGAAGAAGAAGAAGAAGCAAAGGCAAAGUAGAAAGGUUGCAGAGGAUCCCAAGAAGAAGAAGAAGAAGCAAAGGCAAAGUAGCCCGGAGAGAAAGGCUGCAGAAGAUCCCAAGAAGAAGAAGAAGCAAAGGCAAAGUAGUCCGGAGAGAAAGGUUGCAGAGGAUCCCAAAAAGAAGAAGAAGCAAAGGCAAAGUAGCCCGGAGAGAAAGGCUGCAGAAGAUCGCAAGAAGAAGAAAAAGAAGCAAAGGCAAAGUAGCCCGGAGAGAAAGGCUGCAGAAGAUCCCAAGAAAAAGAAGAAGAAGAAGCAAAGGCAAACUAGCCCGGAGAGAAAGGCUGCAGAGGAUCCCAAGAAGAAGAAGAAGCAAAGGCAAAGUAGCCCGGCUGCAGAGGAUCCCAAGAAGAAGAAGCAAAGCCAAAGUAGCCCGGAGAGAAAGGCUGCAGAGGAUCCCAAGAAGAAGAAGAAGAAGCAAAGGCAAAGGAGCCCAGAGAGAAAGGCUGCAGAGGAUCCCAAGAAGAAGAAGCAAAGGCAAAGUAGCCCGGAGAGAAAGGCUGCAGAGGAUCCCAAGAAGAAGAAGAAGCAAAGGCAAAAUAGCCCGGAAAGAAAGGCUGCAGAGGAUCCCAAGAAGAAGAAGAAGCAAACACAAAUAUGCCCGGAGAGAAAGGCUGCAGAG